AUGGAGACUGGCGAUAAAGUCAGUAAUGGAAGAAAAAAAGAGGAAUUGUUUUUGCUGCUUGUGGAGGAUUUACUUGGAACCGUUGGUUUCUUUAUGAACAUGUGCCUACUAAUUACUCUGAGAUUACGACUGAAGUACGAAAUUUAUACCAUUAUGAUGGCAUUGGGAAUCCUUUCAUGGACUGUCGUUGAUUGUAUAUUGUGUUAUCAAAACGGCAUAAAAGACAGCUUGAUCUCGUUCGUUAUAACGGCUGUCAUGGGUUCACUGGCAAUGCUUCUCGGAUUCAAAUCAAAACAGUUAACACGGAGGGGAGAUAUUGUGUUCUUUGGAAUGAUUGCGGUAUUUUGCAUCAUAGGAAGCAUCUUCUGCAUUUUAUCUGAUUACUACCAUUUUCCAUACAAUUUACUGGGCGCCAUAUUCCUUGGUUGUGCAGUAAUGCUC